AUGUUGGUGAGGUCAGCAUUUCCUUUACGAGUCGGAUUGGCAGCCGGGAAGCCCUUGCAAGCCUCACGGAACACAUGGAUCCUCCGCAGAGUGUACGCUCCUGAUCCGACGCCUCCUGGACGAGUGCAGCGGAAUCCACAGGAGUUACCAAAUCUGAUGAAGCUAGAAGUUGUUGAAAUUGAAGCCCAUAAACCUGCAGGACCAUUGAAAGUGAUUCUUUUGCAGGACGUUGAAGGAAUAGGACACCAGUUUGAUGUAGUUGAUGUGGAUAGGAAGCUUGCUCGAAAUGACCUCCUACCCACUAGGAAAGCCGUAUAUGCGUCUCCGUUUGAUCUCAAGUAUUACGCCGGCGUUAAAGAGAAAAUGGCCGACGAAUUAGCCAAACGUGUACGAAUCCCAUAUGAGUACAUUUGUGUGGGUCGGGAUUUACAAGCUCUUGUUGUUCCUAUAAAAGUCAGCAUGGAAAAUAAAUGGACUGUUGACAAACAAAUCAUAAAAGCAUCUUUAAGACAGAUAGGCGUUGAUAUGCUUGACGAUUCAAUAUUCUUUGAUGAUACCAACAUAAGUGGUCCAAAUUUCGAGAUCGAAGCCAAGCUUAUUCGAUUUUAUGUCGUGGUAUGUUGUUUCGAUCGUAUUGCUUGCAUUAUUCUCGCCUUUGCUAGGCCGCGCUCAUACUCUGCACAAACUCGCAUUUUCCAAUUCUUACUUGAGAUAGUGUCCUUCAGAUGUUUCCGAGAUUCUGGGAUUCUUCAGAUACUUAGACUUUGA